AUGAGUUAUCUAAGUUUGGCUGCAUUUGCCGCAGUUACCUUCGUUGUAGCUUUCCUGGUCAAGCAACUUGUCUGGCACCCACUGGCGGCGUACCCAGGUCCGCUGCUGGGAAGAUGCACCAAUCUUUAUGCCGCGUAUCACGCAUGGAGGGGAACGCUUCAUGUUGACAUGUACAGAUGUCAUCAGAAAUACGGCCCCGUUGUCCGCUAUUCGCCGUCUCGCCUACUUAUCAACAGCAGCACGGCUGCCCGGGAAAUCAGCUCCCAUGGCGCAAAUGUCAUCAAAUCAAAGGCCUAUCAGGCUCUUGUUCACAGUGCCCCGAACACCUUGACAAUUCGCAACAGAGAGGAUCAUGCACGCAGACGCCGUAUCCUGAGUCUUGCAUUCUCUGAUGCACAAUUGCGCGCCUAUGAAGCUAUCCUCCUCCGUCACAUAGAGACACUUUGUCUCAAUCUUUCUGACAAUGCAAAGUCUCAGGCAUCGAGCUCUGGGUCUGAGGCACUGGACAUGUCUCACCAGUGUGACUACUUCACCUUCGAUAUCAUGUCAGAGGUCAUCUUUGGUAUGAAAUACAACGCCCUCAGAGAGCCAAAGUACCGCUUUGUUAUGUCAGCCUUGGAGGCAUCCAACGUCCGCAUCAGUGCCUUGGUCCAAGCUUCGAGUCUUGCGCUUGGAAGGAUCGACAAGUAUCUAUUCGCCGAUUCCAUCAAGUCCAGGAACAAGUUUCUCGGGUUCCUUGGUUCUCUCCUGAAAAGCAGGGCAAAGGCUUCAUUCUCUGACAAUGGCAAUGUCUUCUCAUACCUUGAAACUGCCAAGGACCCGGACGGCGAGUCAACACUCAGCAAGUCUGAGAUACGAGCAGAAUCAGCCACACUAGUGGUUGCCGGAUCGGACACGUCAUCGACGACACUGGCAGCUACCUUGUUCUACCUCAGUGGAAAUGCCAGGGCAUAUGCCAGGCUGUGUCAUGAGAUCAGAUCGACCUUUGACAGUGUAGAGGACAUUCGGAUCGGAGCCAAGCUAAGCUCAUGCAACUAUCUCAGAGCUUGUAUUGACGAGGCGCUGAGAAUGUCACCACCUGUAGGAGGUGCGCUUUGGAGAGAAGUCCGGCCAGGAGGUAUGACUAUUGGGUCUCUUUCCCUUCCAGAAGGCAUCGAUGUUGGUACUGGGAUCUACAGUCUGCAUCACCACGACGACUACUUCGAUUCUCCAUUUGAAUAUAAGCCUGAAAGAUGGGUUGUAGGCGAGGACGGAUCGACCAAAGAGUCAGAGUUGGCACGCACAGCAUUUUAUCCCUUUUCGAGUGGACCUCGCAGCUGCGUCGGAAAGGGAUUUGCGUAUCAUGAAAUCACGUUGACUUUGGCGCAUAUCCUUUACAGGUUCGAUUUCACCAGGUCUACGAAAGACCAGAAGUCGUUUGGCGGGUCAACUGGCAACGUGAAUGAGUUCCAGAUAUAG